CGACGUUUUGGGGCCGUUUCUCGCCGUUUCGGCAGCGUCAAGCCGGCCAGCCCGGCCAAGAGGCCCAAGAAGGAGGCGGUGGACGAGGAGCUGCACCCCGAGCACUACCGGAAGUACUCGGAGUACAUCAAGGGCAGCAACCUGGACGCGCCCGAGCCGUUCCGCGUGGGCCGCGUCAGGAGCAUCUUCUGCAGCCUGCGCGGCAACGGCAAACCCAACGAGGCCGACAUCAAGCUCUGCGUCUACAAGUUCUACAGGCCCGAGAACACGCACAAGUCCACCAAGGCGAGCUACCACGCCGACAUCAACCUGCUCUACUGGAGCGACGAGGAGGCCACCGUGGACUUCCGGGCUGUCCAGGGCCGCUGCUCCGUGGUCUAUGGAGAAGACCUGACCGAGAGCAUCCAGGAGUACUCGGCCGGCGGCCUGGACCGCUUCUACUUCCUGGAGGCUUACAACGCCAAGACCAAGAGCUUUGAGGACCCUCCCAACCACGCGCGGAGCUCCGGGAACAAAGGGAAGGGGAAGGGGAAGGGGAAAGGGAAGGGCAGGGGCCGGGCGGCCGAGCCGAGCGAGCCGGAGCCCCCCCGGCCGCAGGAGCCCCCCAAGCUGAGGACCUUGGACGUCUUCUCGGGCUGUGGAGGCCUCUCCGAGGGCUUCCACCAGGCAGGUGUCUCGGAGACGCUGUGGGCCAUCGAGAUGUGGGAGCCGGCGGCUCAGGCCUUCCGCCUCAACAACCCCGGCACCACCGUGUUCACCGAGGACUGCAACGUGCUCCUCAAGCUGGUCAUGGCCGGCGAGAAGACCAACUCCUUGGGCCAGAAGCUGCCCCAGAAGGGCGACGUGGAGAUGCUGUGUGGUGGCCCCCCGUGCCAGGGCUUCAGCGGCAUGAACCGCUUCAACUCGCGCACCUACUCCAAGUUCAAGAACUCCCUGGUGGUCUCCUUCCUCAGUUACUGCGAUUAUUACCGGCCGCGGUUCUUCCUGCUGGAGAACGUCCGGAAUUUCGUGUCCUUCAAGAGGUCCAUGGUGCUCAAGCUGACCCUGCGCUGCCUCGUGCGCAUGGGCUACCAGUGCACCUUCGGGGUGCUGCAGGCCGGUCAGUACGGCGUGGCCCAGACCCGCCGCCGCGCCAUCGUGCUGGCGGCCGCCCCCGGCGAGAAGCUGCCCAUGUUCCCCGAGCCCCUGCACGUGUUCGCGCCCCGCGCCUGCCAGCUCAGCGUCGUGGUGGACGACAAGAAAUUCGUCAGCAACAUCACGCGGACGUUCUCGGGCCCGUUCCGCACCAUCACGGUGCGCGACACCAUGUCGGACCUGCCCGAGAUCCGCAACGGCGCCGCGGCGCUGGAGAUCUCCUACAACGGCGAGCCCCAGUCGUGGUUCCAGCGGCAGAUGCGCGGCUCCCAGUACCAGCCCAUCCUCAGGGACCACAUCUGCAAGGACAUGAGCGCGCUGGUGGCGGCGCGGAUGCGGCACAUCCCGCUGGCGCCCGGCUCCGACUGGCGGGACCUGCCCAACAUCGAGGUGCGGCUCUCGGACGGCACCAGCACCAGGAAGCUGCGCUACACCCACCACGAGCGCAAGAACGGCCGCAGCAGCUCCGGCGCCCUGCGCGGCGUCUGCUCCUGCGCUGAAGGGAAGCCGUGUGACCCGGCCGACCGGCAGUUCAACACGCUCAUCCCGUGGUGCCUCCCGCACACCGGCAACCGCCACAACCACUGGGCCGGGCUCUACGGGCGCCUCGAGUGGGACGGCUUCUUCAGCACCACCGUCACCAACCCCGAGCCCAUGGGCAAGCAGGGCCGGGUGCUGCACCCCGAGCAGCACCGCGUGGUCAGCGUGCGGGAGUGCGCGCGCUCCCAGGGCUUCCCCGACACCUUCCGGCUCUUCGGCAACAUCCUGGACAAGCACCGGCAGGUGGGUAACGCGGUGCCCCCUCCCCUGGCCAAGGCCAUCGGGCUGGAGAUCAAGGCCUGCGCUGCGGCCAAGCUGCGCCAGGACACGGCCGGUCCGGUGCCCGCUGUCGCCGCUGUCGCCGCUGUCGCCGCUGUCCCGUCCCCGUCCGGCGCCGCCUGAGGCGGGAGCGGGGCCGGGGGUGGGGCCGGGGCUGCUGCGCCUUCGCCUUUUUUGCCUUUUUUGCCUUUUUUAAAAUUUUAUUUCCCUUUUUAUUCUUCUUUCUUCCCCUAUUUUUAUUUUUUUUCUCCCUUUUUUUAUUUUUUUUUCUCUUUUUUUCUUCUCGUUUCUCCCCCCUUUUCUUUCUUUUACAUCUUUUUUUUUCUUUUUCCCCCUCUUUUCUCUCCUCCCUUUUUUCUUUUUAUUUCCCUUUUUCUUUUUAUUUCCUUUUUUCUUUUUUCCCCUUUUUUCUUUUUUUUCCUCUUUUUUCCUUCUAUUUUCCCUCUUUUCCUUCUUUUAUUUCCCUUCUUUCUUUCUUUCUCCUUCCCCCCUCGUUUUUUUUCCUUUUCCCUCUUUUAUUUCACCAUUUUUUCUUUUCUUCCUCUUUUUCCUUUUAUUUCCCCCCUUUUCCCCUUUUCCUUCUUUUAUUUCCCUUCUCCCACUUUUUUAUUUUUCCCCCUUUUUUCCUCCCUUUUUUCUGCUUUUCCCUCUUUAUUUUUUUCUUUUAUCUUUUUCCCCCU